AUGAAGGCGGAAGCAGCUGGGCCAGGCUCCUUCUUGCGCCCAAGUACCCAGCCACGUCCUGGCAAGCACCAGAAAAGCACCAGCACAGUGCUGCAUAGCUGUUAUUUAUCGGCCGUCUCUAUCGUCACCUCCACCACUCGCAAGGAGCUGCUGGAGGAGUGCCAGGGGUGGCUGCGCGAGCGCCCGCCCCGCUUCCAGCGCGACUUCGUGGACCUGCGGGCCAGCGCCGCCGCCAGCCACCGGCCCAUCAGGGUCAUGCAGUGGAACAUCCUCGCGCAAGCUCUUGGGGAAGGCAAAGACAACUUCGUUCAGUGCCCCAUGGAAGCUCUGAAAUGGGAAGAAAGGAAGUGCCUCAUCCUGGAGGAAAUCCUUGCAUACAAACCUGACAUCUUGUGCCUGCAGGAGGUCGACCACUACUUUGACACCUUCGAGCCGCUGCUCAGCCGCCUGGGCUACCAGUGCACUUUCUUCCCGAAGCCGUGGUCGCCGUGCCUGGACGUGGAGCAGAACAACGGACCCGACGGCUGCGCCUUGUUCUUCCUCAAGGACCGCUUCGAGCUCAUCAACAGCGCUAACAUUCGGCUAACUGCAAUGAAGCUGAAAACCAACCAGGUGGCCAUAGCACAAACGCUGAAGUGCUGCGAAACUGGAAGGCUGUUCUGCAUUGCUGUCACCCACCUCAAAGCUCGCACCGGCUGGGAGAGGUUUCGCUCUGCGCAAGGCUGUGAUCUUCUCCAGAACCUGAAGAAUAUCACCCAAGGAGCAAAGAUCCCUCUGAUAAUCUGCGGAGACUUCAACGCAGAGCCCACCGAGGAGGUGUACAGAGAGUUUUCCAACUCCAGCCUCAACUUGAACAGUGCGUACAAGCUGCUGAGCCCCGACGGGCAGUCGGAGCCGCCCUACACCACCUGGAAGAUCCGUCCCUCAGGAGAGUGCCGGCACACGCUGGAUUACAUUUGGUAUUCGCAGCACGCCUUGAACGUGAACUCAGCUCUGGGCUUGCUGACUGAAGAGCAGAUUGGGCCCAACAGGCUGCCAUCAUUCAACUACCCUUCAGAUCACCUGUCCUUGGUGUGUGACUUUAGCUUUAAUCAAGACCCUGACAGACUGUUAUAAUUCGUUGGGAUGCCACCUAGUAUUGCGGUGUCUUAAUUCACCACUUUUAUUUUAAAGAAACUUUUUGAAGCUGGAAACUAUUUAAAGAUGAGGAAAUACUGUUGACUGAAUGCUUUUUUCAGGCACUUGUUUGGAAUUACACUUGCCAUUUGGAGCUUGUUAAUCUGAGGCCUCCACAGGGGGGAGAGAGAAGUCCGUGCU